CGCGUUGAGAUGAGUUCUGGCUCCAACUUGACAUGCGAAGUCGAAGGAAUACACAGAAACAUGUCGAGCAGAGGCUUGGAACGUGUUGAACAUUACCGAAUCACGUUUCAACUAUUUACUCAAGACGAGCUUUUCCCACCGGAGCGAUAACCCUCAGGAGGACUUGUUUGACUCCUCUCUCAGCUAACGGCCUCUGCACUGGCCAAUAGGGUGCAGGGUUAUGGACCCAUUUGAACGAGACCCCAGUUCCCAGACCUUGACCAUUGACAUUUUGCGCCUACAUUCGGAGUAUAGCAAGCACGACGAAGAGGUCUCAACGUCUUCUGGGAACAAUACAACGGGUCCGCCACCGCUCAAUUGGAAGGAAUUUGACUUCCGCAGGAGAGGCCCUUCCGUCGACGGCUGCGACCCGCACGCACCCUGUCCUUCCGCGCGGGCGCUGAAGGAGAAGCAGGUUGAACUCAGACUUGCCGCUGAAUACGGACUCCAGUUGCUUGAGCGCUGCAACAGAGCGGAAGCAAAAGCCAAGGACCUUGAGGCGCAACUGCAGAUCGCACGGGAGGACAAGGAAGAACAAACGCGUAUUGCGGACCGGCACAAGCAGGACAAGUCGACGCUCGAAGCGCGUUGUGCGGAGUUGGCGGCGGAAUGCGAGUCGAAAAACAACGAGCUGCACAAGUCGGAGAAUGCAUUGGCGAGAGCUCAGAGGGACUUCGAAACGAAGAGAGCCGCGUUGGAUGCACAUGCUGAUAACCUGCGAACAGAGGUCGUGAAAGCUGAGGAUGCGGAAGCAAGGGCAGUACGGGAGCAGGCUAGGGUCCGUGCGGAGCUGAGCUCUAUGAAAGUGCGUCUCGAGGUGGCAACAGAGGGUCAGAAGCUGGAUGAGCGCAUAUCGCCUGUAUUGGCUGUGAAGCCAUCAGAGACGGAAGCUGAGGUUCUCUACAUUCUCGCAACCGAGUUGCAAGCAGCUAAUGCGAAGCUCCGCUCGGAACUUGCUGAGGCGUCAGGCCUCCGGGAAGCGAAUGACAAGCUCAGAAUGGAGCUCAACGAGGCGUGCGAUCUGCUGGCGCAAUCACGAAACGAAGUGACAGCUUUUAGAGAGAGACCACCUUCGGUUUUCUUGGAAGACACCGGCUCGGCAUCCGGGAGUGCUUCGGAACCCAAGAAGUCUGUUUUUGGAGAACUGGAAGACGUGGUACGAAAGUCACCGCGGACGAUUCGCAAAGAGUCGGUAGGCACCUCGACAAGAGUCUUGCCACUGAACUACGGUGACAAGCACUCGACUCCGGCAGCAGCCGCUCCCAUAUUCACCAACACUUGCAGCGAAUGCUCACAAGCACCGCCUUUUGCCAAUAACAUUACAACGAGCGAUUUCGUCUCGCAGCUCCGACUGCUGCUCAGAGUCGGCACCUCGGUCCGCACGAAAUUGACAACGACCGAUCCACACGCGCUCAACCGCAAGAUUCGUCGCCGGUUUGACAUUACACAGCUCUCGCGUUUGUCGCAAACGGUCAUCGAUAACAUUCGCGCCGAUGUACAGGGCAUGUCCACGCGAUUCAACAUGCCCUUGACCCUCAAGGAGUCAGAGAUAGCAUCCUCGCAGGAAGCACAGAUGCACCAGUUGAUUCUGGCCCCGCUUGUCAGUCUUAUUCAGGCCAUGCUGGAAGACAUCUGCCGACUGAAAGGCACCAUCAAUGAUUAUGCCCUGUUGUACUAUGAGAAAAUCACUGAGAAGGCUGCGUCGGUUUCCGUAAGCGAUUCCGAAACGCCGGAUCACACGGCGCCCGAAAACGAUGAACGUGACAAGCGCGACUCGGGUUACAUGACGGGACCCCAACGGUUCAAAGCGUACUUCUUUCGAGAGAUCACAGCUCCGACGAAACCUUUGAAACCGGACCGCGCACGACAUCUCUCCGACCAACCGCGGCCUACCUCAACACACAUCCUGCCAUCCACGACAACAUCCAGAGCUACGGCCGGCCGGCCCAAACCUCUCCCCGCGGUGCCGAUCAACACCUCCAGCGCGACAAACAUCCUCGCCCGCGCCAUACCCUCAAUGAGCUUCGGUUCCUUGAAGCGCUCGUCGACAACCCCCGUCCUUCCGGAUCUCAACACUGUCGCCUUCACAAUGCCGAACAGAUCACAGCACAUGCCUCGAAGGCGCGUCAGUGGAUUCUGGCGUGACGAGUCAUCUCCGGAAGAUGAUGACGCGGCGCCGCCGGAAAUUCCAUCCCCUUCUUCGCCGGCAGACACACCACCGCACUCACACCCGUCACAAAUGAGCACCCCACCCCGCUCCUCCUCACCAUCAUUCUCGUCUUCGGACACAUCCUCCAUGGCCCAAUACGAGUCGCUAGAGUCUUCAGCAUCAGCUAAUAAGUCGCCCGCGGCGUAUUCCCCAGCGAAUGAGCUGAGAUCACCUUCCCCAGCUGAUUCCCAAGCCUCGUCUGUCUCCCCUCCCACUUUUAGACUCGGCGUACCUGGCCUCCCGGGUUCGAGAUCUUUGGUAGACUUACUCCCAUCGGCGGAAAGAGUGGCCACGUGGUUUGGGUCGCCAAGGAAGAUAUCUAUCCGGGAUCGGAUUGGGCCUCGGUGAUGCUCCGUCUGUGGUGCUGUGUAUAGCUCUCGACAGCGGACUCUAGUGCAAUUGUAUACCCAUCCAUGACAACUUUUUUGAAAUAGACUGCUGGUU